AUGGAUGAAUUCAUUGACAACUUAUUGCGAGAGGAACGCUACUGCGACAUUCAUUUGCCGAGGAUACAGAAGCGAAUGACUUUGGAGGAAGUUGGCGAGUUGCAGCUAUAUGUAAGUGCUCUAGAUGAGGAUCUCGAUAAUUUGUCUUCCUCAGAAUCCGAAGAUGAAAACGACAAAAACCGAAAAAAGAAGGAGACUCGGCCAAAAGUUGGUUUGAAUUGUACAUAG